GGCCACGACCACUACGACCGCCGCCGAGUAGGAGUGCUCCGCCAGUGCUCAGUACGCAAACGGCCGCCGCCGCAGAUUGUCGUGUACGUCGUGCCGAACCGCAUUCGCACACCGCGUUCGCCGCUCCUCACAGUAUUUUUUAUUUAUAAACGAUAUUAUUCGAGUACGUUUUUUUCUCUUUUUUUUUUUAAUCGUAAUAAAAAAAAACUCGCGAUCGCGAGACACCACGACACCGACGGCCCAGACACGAUUUUCGACCAUGCGGCCGAUCUCUCGCCGUUGACCGCGGCGCGACCGAACUUUUUACCGCCCCUCGCUUAACCCCACCCCCGAUCCAAUAUACUGCCGACAUCGCGUACCGUUUUUUUAAAAAAAAAAAAAAAUAUAUUUAAUAACAAUUCCUAUUUGUUUUUGUUUUUUGUUUUUUGUUUUACAUUUUUGAUUUUCGUACGACCAACGAUAUGACCGCCACCAACGGGUUCAUCAUCGGCGACGGUUCUUGGAACCUGCAGAUCUACGUGUCCGAUCUGCAGGUGGAACGGACGCUGCGGGUUAAGGGUGACCUCCACAUCGGAGGGGUCAUGCUCAGACUCGUCGAAGAUUUGGAUAUAGCCAUGGACUGGUCGGAUCACGCUCUCUGGUGGCCCAACCGUAACUCGUGGCUUACCAGGACCCGGUCGACAUUAGAUCAGUAUGGAGUGCAAGCUGACGCCAAGCUGCAAUUCACCAGAAUGCACAAAACUGCACGCAUCCAGUUGCCCGACCUCCGGUACGUGGACAUGCGCGUGGACUUCUCUAUAAAAACGUUCAACGCCGUCAUACAGAUAUGCAAAGAGCUGAAUAUCAGACACCCGGAAGAAUUGUCCCUGAGCAAGCCACUGGAACCGUAUCACCUGAAGCACAACAUGAAAGAAAUGCAAUACAACGGUGGCCAAACGCCAUCGGCUGACACCAACUCGUUCGCUGUCAACAGCCACAGCCCAUCCGGCUCUACCGGAAGCCUCGACAUGUCGUCUUCGCCGUUCAUAUGCGCUCCACUGAAACAUCAUUCUACGCCGAUCAGUUCGCCCGUGUCUCAAAAUGGCACUUGGAAGAAAGGAUACAGCAAACCGGAAAUGAACGGCAACGUAACGUCACUGGAAAUGUUAAACGGCUCCCUCGAUACGUCUUUGGCCAACAGCCCACUUUCGCUAAAUCAAGAGGUGCGAAACAAAGUCUUGAAACCAAAAUCACUGGUAGAGAAAGCUAGAAUGAACGUGGCCUGGUUGGAUUCGUCACUGUCGAUCAUGGAGCAAGGUGUCAGAGAAUACGAUUUGCUAAAAUUACGGUUUAAAUUCUAUUCUUUCUACGAUUUGAAUCCCAGGUUGGAUUCUGUACGCAUAAACCAAAUAUACGAACAAGCAAAAUGGAGUUUGUUGAGUGGUGAAAUCGAUUGUACCGAAGAAGAAGCUUUGAUGUUUGCAGCCCUACAAGUCCAAAUAAAUCUAAAAGCCAGUGUACCACAACCACUUAUAGAAACGUCAGGCGGAGACGACGAUAUUGAUGCUGCUUUGUCAGAUCUUCAGAUUACGCUUGAAGGGUUCCAGCCGCAGGGCAAUGUCAGCAAUUUGAUCCAUGCGCCAGAAUUAUCUGAUUACUUGAGAUUUUUAAAGCCCAAAAAGUUUACACUGAAAGCGUUUAAACGGUAUUGGUUCACAUGCCGAGAUUUGCAUUUGCGGAUGUACAAAACGGCGGAAGACGCUGAAGUCGGCGCACUUCCCGUGCACAGUGUCAGUCUGAAGGGAUGCGAGGUGACACCCGAUGUGAAUAUUUCGCAGAACAAGUUCGGCAUUAAGUUGGAAGUGCCCAGUUCCGAUGGCAUGACCGAGAUGUGUAUUAAAUGCGAUAGCGAGGAGCAGUAUGCAAAAUGGAUGGCUGCUUGUAGACUGGCAGCAAAAGGACGCCCGUUGUCCGAUCACUCUUACGAGUCCGAAGUCAAAUCGAUCAAAGCGUUCCUCGAGAUGCAACAUCCAUCGAUCAUUCAGUCACCAGUCAUUAGCCCUUCUUCGUUGGACAUCACAGUCGAAGAUUACAUACCACACAAGUUUUCCAGAAAACUCAAGGGAAAAAUGGUCCAGCAGCGCAUACUCGAAGCGCACGCUAACCUCAAGGAAUUGACUUUGAUGGAGGCCAAGAUGAACUACAUCAAAGCGUGGCAGUCGUUACCCGAGUUCGGCAUCUCACUGUUCGUCGUCAAGUUCAUGGGCCACAAGAAAGAAGAGCUGCUGGGCAUAGCGUACAACCGUCUGAUGCGCAUGGACAGGACCGGCGAUCACAUAAAAACAUGGAGAUACAACACGAUGAAGGCGUGGAACAUCAACUGGGAAGUCAAACACAUGAUGGUGCAGUUCGAAGAGGGAAACAUAAUAUUCGCCUGCCAGUCGGCCGACUGCAAAGUCAUACACGAAUUCAUCGGCGGUUACAUAUUUUUGUCGAUGCGUUCCAAGGAGGUGAAUCAAACGCUGAACGAGGAGCUGUUCCACAAAUUGACCGGUGGCUGGUCAUAACGUGGACCGGUAUGGCGUCGGCCGGCGUAGGACGAGAUAAUGAUAUUAUAAUAUUAUUAUUCGUCUCGCCGGUGCCUAUAUCCUCGUACGAAAUAAACGAACAAACGAGAUACGGAUGGAAAUCGAAAACGAUGUACAUAUAUUGCGCAUAAUAUAUAUAAUAUUUAUUUAUUUUCCCUCGAAUUUGGCCGGCUACAUCGAAACGUGUAGCGGCAAGUUUUAAGGGUGACAAAGAGGGGAGGUUCGUUUGUUUCCUUGUUUACAUUUUUUUUUUUAUCUGUAAAUUAUUAUAUAAUAUAUAUUAUAACAGAUUGCGUUAAUAAUAUGUUGUUUGCCCGUUUAUUGAUAUAACAUGUUUUAAACGAUUACAUAAUAUUAAAUAUUGUUUAUUUUCGUUGCGUAAUAUUAAAAAAAGUAUUAAAACACUUAGUAUAGUAAGAAUAGUUAUAAAACAAUAAUAUUAUUAUUAUGUCUAAAAUUACUACUAUACAAUUCUUAGCGUGUAGGCGAAAUAUAGUUAUCAUGUUUUAUGUAAUAUAUACAAUAUUUAUAAUAUUAUAAUAAUUAUUAUAUUAUAAAAUGCUAAUAAUAGGUUAAUAAUAAUAUUAUGUAUGUUGUUAUGUAAAAUGUACGCAGAUGCUAAAUAGGGUUGGCGCCGACACGAAACGUUUCUUCUGUUCGUUUGGCUUCUGUGUUCUUACUAAUAACUAAAUAGUAAUACUAUCGUUUAAGAAUAAUAACAACAAAUUUACAACAUUCUGCAACCGCUGUUGUAUUAUCUUAUUAUUAUCAGUGUGUAAAUAAUAUGUAUUGUCAAAAAACAAUGUCUAUUAUGUUACAGUAAUAUUAUAAUACAACGCAGGUCCGACGUUAUACUACGUUACAAUGCGGAAAGAUUAGUUCGUUUUAUCGUGUAAAGUGAUCAACUUAUAUAUUUUUAUUACGAUUUUAAGUCAGACGUUUACUAACAGGGAUCGAUACCUUAUAUAAUAUUAUAAUAUUUCUGUUUUAUAUUUUUACGACAAAACCACAGUCAUACGCGGGUUUAUCGAUUGUUAAAAACAUUAAAUUUAUUCAUCCGAUUUAAUUUAACGGUAGUACUUAUAUAGUAUAGUUUCAUAAAUACACUCGCCUGUUAUUGUAUGUUUAUAUAUUAUAUAAUAUAUAUAAUAUAUAUUAUAAUGGUUUGUUAUAUUUAUAUUAUAUUUUAUUAUCAAAUAUAUAUAAUAUAUUUAUAUAUGUUUGUAUAUUCAUACGUACAUACAAUAAUAGAUUAAAAGUUAUUUUUUUCUCUAUAGAUUUUACUAUUAUAUAAUUCAAAUAUAAUAUUUUAUUUUUAGUUAAAAAAAAUAAACAUAAAUUUAUAAUUACAACGGUGCUUUAUACCAAAAUUGUCUUUAUAUAACACUGUUAUAACAUUGUAACUUAAUAAUAUUGUUGUUGUCCUAAUUUUGUUUUAAUUUGUGAAUUUUUUUUUUUUAUGUAUAUAGGCUAUAAUAUAUAUAAUAUAUAUUAUUUUAUAAUAUUAUGUUGGAAAACUUCUAUUAAAAAGGAAAAUAAAUUAACGCAAGUAAAAGUCUUCUUUUAAUCACGCGUUUUAUUUUCAAGAUUUAAUGUCCAAAUCGUUCAUUAAUAACUAAAAUUAAAUCGCAAUUCAUUAUUGCUCACCAUAUUGUUUGGUUGUAUAAAACAAUACUUUUUAAUCAGAAUAGGUGAUGAUCGAUUUCGCAAUAGUUAGUUCACUAUAUUUUACUGUUCACCGAGCUAGUGGGCUUGAAGUCCCGAUAAUGUUUAGAUAGUAAGUUAGCAAAUAAUUUAUUUACUUAAAAAAAAAAAAUAUAUGUACCGUGUAAACGGAACUUAAUUGAACUGCUAAGUCGAUUAAUGAAAAACCAUCAUAUUAUAUACUUUUCUAUGAUUUAAUAAAUUAGCAGAACAUAAAUUAACAAAAUGUGUAUUGUAAUAUAUAUAAUGUAUAAUGUAUAUUGUAUAUGCUUUAAUUCACAAAAUAUAGUUCAACGGUUUAAAUAAA